AUGCUGGAGAAAAUGCGUGAAGGGUAUAAAUCUCAGCGAAUCGUCGCAGCUCUGGACCAGGCUUCUGUUUGUUGCACCGUCUGUAAACUGACUUGCGCUCGCAUUGACUCGGUUGACCUUAAGGUAUUGCAAAAAUCGAGUCGAUUGCACCAUUUGCUCAGUUUAAGUCUCUCUUGGAAAAGGUGGAUAUUGUUCUGCAUUAUGGCACCCACUCUGGUAGUUCCACUGGUUUCAACCGGUAAUGUUCCUCAAUUGACCGUUGAUCUGCUUCUGCAUUCACUGUCGUCGGAGUUCAGCUUCGUUAGGUCGGUAGACUCUACACACUUACAUCCUUUCGUGGGACCGCUGGACUAUGUGUUAGAUCAGCCGGAGCCAGUGCUGUUCAAGAAAAGUGCACCAGAGAAGACGUACUCGACUGCGUUGGAAUUGUUUUAUAAUCAAUCCAAGGAUGUUUAUGUGCUGCAACAGCGCACCCCUGUGAUUCGGGGCUAUCUGAACAAUUAUGUGAAGGAUGUGAUCAUACCACUGAUCGAGGCACACGAUAUUGAAGACGUAGUGUUGUUGGACUCUUUUGGCAGUUUAGAUCAAGAUGUGGCGGAAGCGACGACGCUGUCGUCCAGAACAAGCAGUAAUUUCAUUUCAGAUGGGACCUGUGAGGUCGGAUCUGUGACCGAUAUCAUACGCAAUUUUCAGCAGAGUUUGAACUUGAACGAAAGAUCUGCUUCGAGCCUGCCUUGCUCUUUGUUCACGUUCUCCGCCGGAAGCAUCCAGCAAGAGAUUACGACUAAACAGCAGGUGUUUAACUUCGCGUAUCAUAUCCUUAAUGCCUCCCUGCCUACUUUGAAGCGUAUCAGAUAUUGCAGCGCAUAUGUCCAUGAAGGCGAUAACUCAGAGGAUGCGCAUCUGCUGUGCGAUCAUCUACCCCAUAUUAUCGCUUCGCUCGGCAAAAUAGUGAAUCAUACACCUCCCGUGUCGUGGAAAGGUGUCUACGGUUCGCGGCCAAUUCCUUCCUCCUAUGAUGAGGGUGUUUUCGUUUGA